AUGGACGAAGUCGAAAACCCUCAGGUCAAGGCUCCUGAAGAAGAGAGCGACAGCAUAAUCACACCCGCCGAGGAUACCGCUGCGAGCCUGAACCUCGAGGAUGCUCCUAUCGUCCCUCCGGCAGACCGACAGUCGAACGACAACGACGCAUCUAAGCGACCGCUGUUGAAACGCGACUUGUCAGCGCCGCCGCCCAAGCAGCCUCCACCCGCCGUGCCUGAGCUGGACCCCAGCCAGGAUCCUCCCGACUCUCUGACACUUGCCCAACUCAAGAAUCUCCGCGCUGGUUUCCCCGUCCUGCAAGCCCACCUCCAGCAGCCUGUUCCCUUCUCGUCUGUCUACGACUUUGAGUACCACGACUCGCAGUCCUUUCCUGUCGAGCUGGAAGAAUGGUUUACAUACAGCGAGAAAGAGAGGUCCAAACUGCGCCAGAUCAAUGCUGCCUUCGACCAUGCGUGGAAGGCACACACUGCCCAAGAGCCUGUCCCAGACUGGACCGCCUCUCCCCAAUUGGGCAUGAACUUUGUUGCCAAUCUGCUACACGACUUGCAACUUGGCACUCCCCACCAGAAGAACCAAGCUCUCCAAGUCUUGACCUAUAUCUCUCUGGGCACAUGGGAAGAAACUGCUGGCAGAGAGGCUCCCAACCCCUUCUUUGCUGUUCUCGGUUCCAAUCAACCACAAGUCACGGCUGGUCUCCCGAAUUAUGCUGGUGCAACAUUUCAGAUGCAGAUAAUGAUCAACACUCUCUGCAUGCUCUCACAGCAAGGCGCUGUAUCAUUGGUCUACGAUCUCAUGAAAUCUGUUUGCGAGAGAGACCUUACUGCUUCGGCUCAGAAUGAGGAUACCUCUAACUCAAAGUACGCUGAGGGUGAUGAGAGCAUCGAUGUCUGGUGCACCCUGACUCUCAUCUAUCUGUUUGUCGAGCUGAGCCGCAUCUCUGAGGGUACGCCCGACGCCCAUGUGUUGCAUAGAGAGCUUGCCUUGAUCAAACCUGAUCUGUUGAUCACAUGUACGAACAUGAUCGCCCAGAUGAGAUGGGACGAAUUCGCUCCUGUCCCACAAACAAAAGUUUUUUUGUUGCUAUGGAAGACUAUCUUGAUCUCUUUCGGUGGCGUCGAGACAGCCGACAAGGUCAAGUCUUCGUUCCAGGAGAAUGUCGGCGAGAAAGACGAGCGCGGCCAUCCGCUUAUCACCGCUUCCCCACUAGACUACCAUCUCUUCAGACAAGAGAUUACCUCAAAGUAUCCUGCCUAUCAACCACCGCCUCCAUUGUUUGCAUUCGAGCCUGAGAAUAACACCAUCUUGCCUCCGCUUCGUCACAGACAGACAAAAAUCGACAGUAAUGACCAUACCGCAUCGACAGGAACCGGUGUCCACGGCUCUUCCAUCUUGCAUCAAGCGGUGCAUAUAGCCACCCCAGCACCGUCGCCUCCGCCUUCCCCAGCUGGUCCAGGAGGCAAAGGUACCAAAAAACAGAAUUACCAGACCAACCAGAUGUUCCCUUUCCUCUAUCCACCGCUCGAUGAAUCAAGCAAUGACCUAGGUGGCAAAGGUUCUACGGAGUUGCAAGACGCUCUUGCAGGCAGGAAAUGGAGAGGAAGUGAUGUUCCAGCUUCCAUUCUUGAAGCCGCCGACUUAUUCUCCAAACGCAUGAGGGCCACUAGAGCAAUGAAGCAGCUUUGGGAUACCAGAAUUGACUACAUGAAGUUUGAGAGAGGGUGGUCCGCUGAUUUUGACGUAGAGAAGCUCGAUCUUUACGAAACCCAGGAAAACGGUUUUUCCACAACCGAGCAUGAAGAUGCGGCGGAAGAGACAGAACAGCCAAAAAACCAAGAACCGCUGUCAGAGAACGACAAAAUUUUGGAAGCGGUUGGAAAUUUCUAUCGCGAUGUUUUGCCGCAGAUGCAGUCUGUUGUCUUUGUGUUGCUGAAAGGCAUGGCGAGAGUCUAUGCAGAUACAACCGCCAAUCCACAAGCUCAGGCUUUCGAGAACGGGCAUGUCCCUGACGGUAUAUCGAUAUCUGCGGAACAGGUUGAUGCUUCUCGAUCCACAGAAAUUACCGGCAAAGCUGUGUCGUCCAUCUUGCUGCUAUUGCUAAAAUGGUUCAAGCUAUCGCACAUUCUUCGCUUUGAAUAUCUCAACCAAUUACUUCUGGAUUCGGGGUACAUAAUCGCAGUGCUACGAAUAUGGCAAUGGCAAGACAUCGGCCGCGCCUGCCACUUCAUGCUCGACAGACCGGAACUCGAUUUCUUCAACUUCUGUCGCGCGAACUCGAGAAACCCAAUCUUGCCCGACUUCGUGGCGGUCGAUGAAGCAGUAGGGUCCGAAGACGAGGCGAUGCCUCCGCCUAUCAAGUUCCGCAGAGAGUCAGAAGCAAUUUCAGAGGUUUCCGCCAGCUCAAUCCCACCAGACUACACCACUCACCCACCAGAAGUCGACGAACUUGGAUACUUGACUCAAGCGCCUCCACCUGCGCCCAUCCAAUCCUAUUCCUACCGAAACACUUUCACAUACAUCAAUUACUUGCGCGUAUUACAGAAGAUCACUCGCCGCAAAGCGCAUCGUUCUCUGCUCUUGGUGUCCUAUAAGUCAUCCAACGUGCUAAAGAAGUCGCUGCGAGUGCCCGUUGAUAUCAUGAGGUACUACACGCUCAAGCUCUUCAAAACUCAAGUGCCCUACUGCGGUCGCAAAUGGCGUCAGAGCAACAUGAAGAUCAUCACGGCGGUUUGGCUCAGCGUCCCUUCCGAGUUGCGCGAUGAUUGGCUAUCCGGCGGUGGUGGCGGCAUGGGCGGUGCGGGCCCUGGAGAUGUGGACGGUACUGUAGAGGAAGCGUUGCCUCUUGAGCAAUCACUGCGCAGUCUCACCCACUGGUGGAAUGUGCGUAAUUACCCUGACAAAAUGGGCGUGGAGAAGAAGUUGGUUGUGGAAGAGCAAGAUUUUUUCGCCAAAGAGCUGGAAAAGAUGGAAUUGGGACGUAUUGAAGAUGAAUUGCUCGAGGAGAGUAUGAUUGACGAUGCAUGGGCACAGCCGAUGGAACAUUAUGCAUAG